AGCAUGGAUGAGGGUUUGGGAUUUGAGGAUGAGGAUCUCUCCAGCAGUGAGGGUAAGAAAAUGGCGAAUUCUGGAGAUAAUGCCGUAGAUUGACAGUUAAGAGAUGUAGAAAGAGAACAAGAGCUCGGAAUGAAAGACAACUCCAAGGUCUGGCAAAACUCCUCGGCAGCGCAAUGUCGGAGUUGAGGGGGUGCUGGCCCGAACUUUAAUAUUUGCUGAAAUUGAUAUUUUUGCUGAAGUGGAACGCCUCAUUUUUGGCAAUGUUUUAGCUGGAGGAUGUUCGAAGCGAUCCAAGAUGUUACCACGUCAAGGCAGCACGUGAGAGUGCGUGGGCCAAUGCAUCAUGUAUGAUGAAAAAAAACCAUUGCCUACUUAAAAGCGUACUUGCUGAACUGCGCCCAUAUUUCGACCAAGCUGAUUGACACAAGUUUAAACACUGUCCAAAAAAUGAAACGUUCGUGACAAAAAGUUCCCCGCAUAACAACUGCCGUUUUCACUUGUUAUUCCCAGCUCCCACAUGGAUACAAACUCCACGGAAAUCUAUCAGCCAGCACCCCCGGGGGUGUUUAUCGUGAUGGAUCACUUCGAAGGUCACGAGAAAAUGAAGCCCGUGGCCUUUGUGGCGCUCCUUGUGAUUUAUGCGGUGGCCGUGCUGGGGAACCUGCUGCUGUUCGUGUCCAUCGCGCACGAGUCGCAGCUGCACAAGCCCAUGUACAUCUUCAUCGCGAGCCUCUCGCUCAACAGCAUGUGCGCGAGCACCAUCACGCUGCCUCAGAUCAUGCACAACCUCCUGUCGUCUGGCUACAUCCCCAUCACCAACUGCAUCGCACAGAUGUUCUUCCUGCACGUGACCAGCAUGAGCGAAUGCUUUAUCCUCACCUUCAUGGCCGUGGAUCGAUUCUUUGCCAUCUGCCACCCGCUGCGGUACAGCAUGCUGAUCACCUCCAGAAAGGCGAUGCUCAUGUGCAUUUUCUCCGCAGUGAUAUCAGUCUUGUUGCUGGCUGGAGACCUGAUUCUAAUCAGCCGUCUCACGUUCUGCAGGCCAAGGAUAAUUGUGAUGCCAAACUGUGACUGCUUAUCGCUGAGUAAUAUUGGGUGCGAAGAUAUCACCAUCAACAUAAUUUACAGCUCCAUCAUCACGGGGAUCGGAAGCAUCACAUCUGUGUGCACCAUUUUAUACACGUACAGCCGCAUCCUGUACGACUGUCAAAAUUCCAGUCUGCGCAAAAGUCAGAAGAAGGCCAUUUACACGUGCAUCACUCACUUCUUCGUACUCUCCAUCUUUUACGUAUUCCUAUUGUUCAUGAUUUUCCACCAGCGUCUGAAACAUCAGGAGGUAAUUCCAGCCCUCAUGCGCUCUGCAUUCAGCUCCUUCUACUACAUAUUCCCCCCAGUCCUCAAUCCCAUUAUCUAUGGUCUGCGCAUGGUGGAAAUCCGACAAAGUUUGGCCAAAGUAUUUCACGGGAAUUCUGUCGCAGCUUUAAAACUGCAAUCGUGUUAAAUGAAAUAACACACAUAUCUACGUGCACAUAUUUCCUGGCGUGGGGUAAAGCAAUUCCAUAAAUUUUAAAGGCUUUCAACUUCAGUUGAGUGGGCGUCAAUGCGUAAGAAACUGACAUCUCUUUCAGUUUUGAUUACUUGACACGUAAAUUGCUUAUUCACACAACGAGAAGCUUUAAACUAGAUUGGUGGGAAGAAUAGUGCGGAUAGCAGGGAAGUGAGCAGGAGGUAAAUGGAGAGAGCAUGCAGAGCAGUGCUGCUGUGCUGCUCGUGUACGGGAGUGUGCACUUAGAAAAAAAGGUGUAGAGAGGCUGGAAUCUGAACGAACCCAGCAAACAUGCAACGUUGAGCCUACGUUAGAAUGUGAUUAGAACCUUUGGACUAACGUUGGCCCAACGUUUGAUGUUUAGUUGUGGAAGGUGAUAUGUACCCCACACUCAACUUAGUUGUGAUGUAGAGGGUGUUUUGCUCAGAGGUACAAGGUGAUCUAAGAUUCUCAACGUACAGUAUGGAUAAAGAGGUGUCUUCUU